UUGGUGCGUUAUUUUCCUUUAGUGUUGGUGUUGUUGGAUCUGAAGUCUAGUCAUUUGAAAUGAAUGUCGGUCAAAUUUAUCGGUAUUCUUCCUGCGUUCCGAAACUAAAGGAGUUUCUGAAACCAAUGUCAAAACCUAGUUUGUUACGAUAUUUUCGGAGUUCCAAAGUGUUGACGCAUGGAGAAUUCGAAUAUCAAGAUCCCAAAUCUGAAGAAGAAGUUGUGAAUGUCACAUAUAUAGAUAAAGAUGGCAUAUCCAAUAAUGUGAGGGGAAAAGUUGGAGAUAAUGUGUUAUACCUUGCUCAUCGUCAUGGUAUUGAUAUGGAAGGGGCUUGUGAGGCAUCUUUGGCUUGCACAACUUGUCAUGUUUAUGUUGAAAGCGAUCACUUGGACCUACUCCCAGAAGCCGAUGACAAAGAAAAUGAUCUGCUUGACAUGGCACCCUUUCUGAAAGAAAAUUCAAGACUAGGUUGUCAAAUUAUUCUUACGAAAGAAUUAAACGGAAUUCAAUUACAACUUCCGAAGGCUACAAGAAACUUUUAUGUUGAUGGACAUAAGCCCAAGCCACACUAAAAACUAGCAGUGCACAAUUUUGUUACUGAAGUGGCUUAAUUUUCAUCUGUUGAAAUUAUUGACCUGUAUUAGUUAUGAUGCCCUAGUGCAAUCUUAAAGUCAAUGACUGCAAAUAGCCAAAGCAUCAAGUUUGUGAAUGCAAUAUUGUGAAUCAAAAGACAAUUGUUAAUCAAUGCGCUUUAUUUUCUUAACUCAAUAAGUAGCAUUGUUGCUAGACUUAUGGGUGACUUGAAAGAAAGCAAUUGUUAUUUUAUCUGUGAUGCAAGUCCUUUUGAUAUGUUUUGUCUUAUUAGAACAGCUAGUAUGUCACUUAUCAAAGCCUUAUUUCUCGAAUAAAAACUUGAGAAAUGCA